GCACUGCUUUUGCAAUCUUGUAAAAGAGUAGGCUUUAGAACUAGAUCAAAUUGUGCCUUUAUAACCGAUAUUAGCAAUGUUACGUACAACUUUUCUCACUGCAUUCGCAGCUACACGGGCCAUACGGGUAGGCAACGGUACCACAUUUCUUACGGGUGGGGAUUGUACCACUAGCAACGAAAUGCAGAAUGUGUACCCCAUGGGCCCACGUGGUAUCCGCUCCUCUUCCCCAUUUAAAGAGCCAAACACCGCCAUCUACGAUUCUUAUUUAUCGUGGACCUACUUUCAGCCUAUUGAUAUAAAAGUGGAUAAGCUUCCGGUACCAGAGGCAAAGUAUUACCAGCACCACACCAAGAAAGCAUGGGAUGUGUCCAGCACAGAGUUAAUGGAAAUAACAUCACGCCGCAAGUAUAUUCAGGGAUGGGGAUAUCUCUUUUUAUCUAUUUACUUAUACUUUUUGAUGCCGAAGGAAAAGUCCUUCAGCGGCCUUCGUGGCGCCGAUGGCACUUGGAUAUUGCUUCCGAGGAAUCAACCGGAAAAAUUUUAAACGGGAUAUGAAAACGAUAUCUUUUUGUGUUUAGGAAAGGAUAUGAAUGAUCUUUAUCAUAUGCUAUAUAGGGAUGUUCUUUUUUAUUGCAUGCAGAAGGUAAAAGUGUCAAUUAGGUCUAAUUUUGUUCUUCGAAUCCAAUUCGGUAGUGUGAGAUGGUGAAAAAGAAAACCUAAAAGGUAAACACUGAA